AUGGGAAAGAAGAGGAAUCACGAUCAUUCACCGUCAAGGGAAAAGAAAAAGAAGGUCUUCGCUGAGAGACUAAGAGGAAUGGUGACAAAUAUUAACCGGAAAAAUAAGAAACGUAAACGAUGUGAGACAAGUAUUGGCAAAUUGCCCGUUUACCUUUCAGGUUAUAGAUCGAGUUCGCCACAUCGUCGGGAUCGCUCUCGAACCCGUCACAGGAAAAACGGCGAACGCAGACGAAGUUCAGAUCGUCGCGGCCGGUCUCCUGAAAAUCGAUACGACAUCAGUCGAUCACGACGUUCGAGAAGUUCUUCGCGUCACACUCGUCGCUCAGAGCGUAGUCGCUCGGAUCAUUCUCGUCGCUCAGAGCGGAGUCACUCGCGUGAAAUCGGCCAGGGCUCACAACAACUUCCGCAGGAGUCGGAGGAAGAACGAGAGGAAUUUCCGAUACGGACUCGGAAAAAUGACGAGGUGGAAAUCGAUACCGAGCAGUUGCCAGCGGGCGCACUAGGGGCCGAAUCAACAGCCCCGGUCGACAGGGAACAACACGCGAGCGUGACCGCAACGGACAAUGAAAACCAGCCUGAUCAUGAAGUUGACCUUGGAGAGGACGUAUUAAACGUUAUUGGACCGCGUUUGGAACCGGACCAGAAACAGGCCCCUGCAUUGCACAAGGAUAUUGUCAUUCGUUGGAAAGAGAUCUUUAAAAAAGGAAUUUCUAACGAGGAAAACAAGAACCUAGUGAAAAAAUAUAAUAUUCCCAAAAAUUGCGGAUUCAUAGCUGCCCCAGUGCUAAAUUCGGAGGUUAUUGCUGCAAUACAGGAGAAUGUCAAAACAAGAGACAAGCGUAUUACGGAAAAACAAGAGCGCAUCGCUGCCUGCAUGGCAGCCAACGGCAAAGCUAUCUCGAUUACUUUAAAAUCGGACAGUCCAGAUAAACUCGAACGGCUCGAAAUUGAGAGCGACAUAGGAAGACUCCUGGCUUUUCUCCAGAGGGAGGAAUCAGAAAUUCGCCAGAGUUUAAUCCUCGCGAAUCUUAAUUCAUCCGUCAGAGAAAUCUUGACGGGCUCGACAGUCGACGGUUUCCUGUUCGGGGAAAAUCUGGAAGAAAAAAUAAAGACUGCAGAGACGAUUGAGCGUGCAUCAAAGGACCUUUAUGUCUAGCGUAAGCUCUCGAAGAAUUACAUGCGUAUUAAUGCAUUAUUGCGUUUUUGGUUUGAAAUUUUAUGAAAAUUUAAAAAUGUUUAAAAAAUAAAUAUAACAAUUUUCUAAACAGCCGUAACUCGCUUUAAACAGCUACAAUUUGAUCUCUGAAGAAAGAGGCGCAAAAUACAAUUAACGAUUAAACGAACUUACCUAAGUGAAGUUCAAUCGUGAUUGUAUGAGCGCCUCUUCCGAAGAGAUCAGUCCCGCCCACCCAUUAAUCUCGUAUGAGAUACCCAAAAUAUAUCAAUUACGGCUUAGAAAAUAGAA